AUGGAUGGAAAGUUCUUAGCGGCGUCAGCCAAGUACCCCAUCACCGCCGGCCAUGUCUACAAGUAUGGCACCGCUGGCUUUCGCAUGAAGGCCGACCUGCUGCCUUGCGUCAGCUUCCGUGUUGGCCUACUCGCCGGCCUACGCAGCCGCAAGCUCAAUGGCCAGGCCAUCGGUGUCAUGAUCACCGCCAGCCACAACCCCGCACCCGAUAACGGCGUCAAGAUUGUUGACCCCAUGGGAGAGAUGCUUGAGCAGGAGUGGGAGGCUUAUGCUACCAAGCUUGUCAACUGCGCCACCGACCAAGAGCUUCUAGACACGUACAAGGCCCUCGCCGCCCAGCUCAAGAUUGACCUCGCGGCCCCCGGCCGGGUCGUCUAUGGCAGAGACACCCGCCCCUCCGGCCACGGUCUCGUUGCUGCGCUGGCCGAUGCCCUUGAAGCAACCAACACCGAGUACACCGACUUUAAGAUCCUCACCACCCCUCAGCUCCACUACCUGGUCCGCUGUGUCAACACAGAGGGCACCCCUAAAUCGUAUGGAAAAGUCAGCGAGGCCGGGUACUACGAGAAGCUCUCCGAAGCCUUUGUCCGUGCCCUACGCGGACGCAAAAUCCAGGGGCAGCUCAUUGUUGACUGUGCCAACGGUGUCGGUGGACCCAAGUUCGCCGAGCUUGUCAAGAUCAUUCCCAAGGACGUCACAGGGUUUGAUGUGAAAAUUGUAAAUGACGAUGUGCUGCGACCGGAGGUCUUGAACCUUGACUGCGGCGCCGACUUUGUCAAGACGAGACAGCGCAACCCUCCCAGCCCCAAGCCUGUACCUGGCACCCGAUGCUGCUCUUUUGACGGCGAUGCUGACCGUCUCAUCUACUACUGGAUUGAUCCCGACACCGGCUUCUUCAUGCUCGACGGCGAUCGCAUUUCGUCCCUCUGCGCUUCUUUUAUUGGCGAGCUUGUCCGCUCUGCAGGUCUCGCAGACGACCUGCGCAUUGGUGUUAUCCAGACCGCAUACGCAAACGGCGCCAGCACAAAGUACAUCGAGAAGCUGCUGCAGCUUCCUGUUGUCUUUACUCCCACGGGCGUCAAGCACUUGCACCAUGCCGCUUGCCAGUAUGAUAUCGGCGUCUACUUCGAAGCCAAUGGACACGGCACCGUCGUAUUUUCGCAGGAUGCCUUGCGCCUGUUUGGUAGCAAGGAGCCUCAGUCGCCGGCCCAGAAGGAUGCCCUGGAGACUCUGGCGGCGAUUGGCGACCUGAUUAACCAGACUGUCGGUGAUGCCAUCUCCGACUUGCUUAUGGUUGAGGUCGUCCUCGCUCACAAGGGGUGGACUUUGAAGGACUGGGCCACCACGUACACGGAUCUUCCCAACCGUCUGGUACGCGUCGAGGUUGCCAACAAGGACGCCUUCGAGGCCACGGAUGCUGAGCGUCGGCUGGCCAAGCCGGAUGGGGCACAGGACGCUAUCGACGAGUGUGUUAGGAAAUACACGUCGGCGCGGUCCUUUGCUCGUGCUAGUGGUACCGAGAACGCUUGCCGAGUCUACGCGGAAGCCGCUUCGCGCGCCGAGGCGGAUGAGCUGGCCAACAAGGUUGCGCAGAUUGUCAAGCAGUUUGGCUCCUAG